AACGAUGCUAUAUAAAGACGAGAGAACAAAAAACCUCUAAUCAAAUAGUUGCUAUCAGAGAGGACUAUAAAAGAAUUAACAAGAACAAAGAAACCAUUCUUCUCACACAUUCAGUUCAUAGCACCAAGAUCUUAACCCUAAGCCCCAACAUGACAUCUAAAGAACACAUUGUGAUGCUACCUUUCAUGGCUCAUGGCCAUCUAAUACCAUUUCUUGCUUUAGCAAGACAAAUCCACCAAAGAACAGGUUUCAUUAUAACCAUAGCCAACACCCCGUUUAACAUUCGAUAUCUCCGUUCAACCAUGAUCGCCCGCAGUGACAAAAUCCGUCUUGUCGAACUUCCUUUCUCCGCUGCCGAUCAUGGCCUUCCAGCCGACACAGAGAACUCUGAAAACUUGUCUUUAGACCUCAUUGGAAAAUUUUUCGCAUCAUCACCAACCCUUGAGAACCCAGUUCGAGAUCUUCUAUUAGAUAUUAUAUCUAAAGAAGGUAAGCCUCCACUUUGUUUAAUAUCAGAUAUAUUCUUUGGAUGGGCUAAUAAUGUAGCUAAUAGUGUAGGAACGAUUAAUAUAAGCUUUUCUACUGGUGGCGCUUAUGGCACCUUAGCUUAUAUUUCUCUCUGGCUUAAUCUUCCUCACCGGAAAGCUAAUUCCGAUAAGUUUCAUGUUCCGGGUUUUCCGGAACGGUACCGGUUUGAAAUAACUCAGUUGCAUCGUUUUAUAAGAAAUGCUGAUGGAACGGACCUAUGGUCGAAUUUUAUGCAGAAACAAAUCUCACUUUCUUUAAAGUCUUUUGGGUUAUUAUGCAAUACAGUUGAGGAAAUUGAGGUUUUAGGAUUGGAUUUAUUAAGGAAAUAUGUUCAGAUUCCUGUUUGGUCUAUUGGUCCUCUCCUUCCACCUUCAGUCCUUAAUGGCGGAGUAUCACCAUUACCUUCACAGUCAAGUAUAAGCUUUCAACGCAACGGUAAGAAACCAGAGAUAGCUACAGAGAGUUGCUUAGAAUGGCUUGAUAUGCAUAACCAAGAUUCGGUUCUUUACAUUUCAUUCGGUUCGCAAAAUACUAUUAGUCCAUCUCAAAUGAUGGAAUUAGCAAUUGGUUUAGAAGAAAGCAAGAAACCAUUCAUCUGGGUUAUCAGGCCACCUACUGGUUUUGACAGAAGAACUGCAUUUAAACCAGAAUGGUUACCGGAGGGAUUUGAAGAGAGAGUUAGAGAUACUAAAAGAGGAUUAUUAGUAAGAAAUUGGGCACCCCAAUUGGAGAUUUUGUCACAUAAAUCAACUGGAGCCUUUCUGAGCCAUUGUGGCUGGAAUUCAGUAACAGAGAGUUUAAGUCAAGGUGUGCCUAUCAUAGGAUGGCCAUUGGCAGCUGAACAAGCAUAUAAUUUAAAAAUGCUUGCAGAGGAAAUGGGUGUUGGUGUAGAGUUGACAAGAGGACUUGAAAGUACUAUAACUUGGAAGGAAGUAAAGAAGGUGAUAGAUUUAGUAAUGGAUAAGAAUGGUGAAGGGGAUGACAUGAGAAAGAAAGCUAUGGAGAUUGGGAAGUUGAUAAGGGCAGCAAUGAAAGAGGAUGGAGAAGAGAAAGGGUCUUCUCUCAAAGCAUUUGAUGCUCUUGUAAACAACCUUUUAUCCAAAAGAGAUAUGGGUAGUAGUUAUUAAAUUUUUUUUUCUUUUUUUUAGUAUUUUGAUAUUGAAUUAUAAUUAAAUAAAUAAAAUAAUUUAUAAUUGAAUCAA